AUGGACUUUCUCCAAAAUUGCUUAACCUUAAACAUCACUACUUUUAUUGUAUCCUUCCUUUCUCUAAACUUCAUAUUUUUCUAUCUGUAUCGUAGAAAUUCUCGUGGAAAACAGGCUCCAAUAGUGAAAGGUGCAUGGCCAAUACUUGGUCAUCUUUCACUGCUAAAUGGAUCACAAACACCACAUAGAACUUUGGGUGCUUUGGCUGACAAGUAUGGACCAUUGUUCACCAUCAAGCUAGGUGUGAAGAAGGCUUUGGUGGUCAGCAACUGGGAAAUGUCCAAGGAACUCUUCACCACAAACGACCUUGCGGUUUCAUCACGCCCCAAACUCGUUGCCGUGGAAGUCAUGUCAUACAACCAAGCUUUUAUAGGGUUGUCACCAUAUGGACCCUAUUGGCGAGAGCUUCGAAAGAUUGUGACUUUAGAGUUUCUCUCCAACCGCAGAAUAGAGAAACUCAGCCACAUUCGUGUCUCAGAGGUUCAAACCUCACUCAAAGAGCUCUUCAAUUUGUGUUAUACUAGCGUAAACAAGAAGGAGAAUGAAUCUAGUUACGGUACUACUACUUUGGUGGACAUGAAAGAGUGGUUUUCACAUUUGACUUUCAACAUGGUAGUGAGGAUGGUGGUGGGGAAGAGGUACUUCGGUGUGGUGCAUGUGGAGGGAAAGGAGAAGGCAGAAAGUUUUAUGAGGAACAUAAGGGAGUUCAUGAAUUUGAUGGGGACUUUCACUGUGGCUGAUGGGGUUCCUUGUUUGAGGUGGUUGGAUUUAGGGGGCCAUGAGAAGGCCAUGAAAGCAACGGCUAGGGAAAUGGACAAGCUUUUGAGUGAGUGGUUGGAGGAGCACCAAGAGAAGAGGGUUAAGGGCGAUCGAGACUUCAUGGAUUUGAUGAUUUCAGCACUUAAUGGGGCUCAGAUUAAUGGGUUUGAUGCUGACACCAUAUGCAAAGCCACUACCCUGGAAUUGAUUUUGGGUGGAACUGAUUCAACUGCUGUUACUCUUACAUGGGCACUUAGUCUGCUAUUGCGAAAUCCUCUUGCAAUGGAAAAGGUUAAAGAAGAAAUUGACAUGAAUGUUGGCAAAGAUGGAUACAUAAGAGAGUCAGAUACAAGCAAACUCGUGUAUCUUCAAGCUAUAGUUAAAGAGACAUUAAGAUUGUAUCCACCAGCACCUCUUUCAUCACCUCGUGAAUUCACAGAAAAUUGCACCUUAGGUGGCUACCACAUCAAAAAGGGAACUAGACUUUUGCAUAACUUGUGGAAGAUCCACAGAGAUCCUAGUGUUUGGUCCGAUCCAUUAGAAUUUAAACCAGAAAGGUUCCUCACCACUCACAAAGAUGUUGAUCUUAGGGGUCACCAUUAUGAGUUGUUACCCUUUGGAAGUGGGAGAAGAGUUUGUGCUGGAAUGUCCCUUGGCUUAAACAUGGUCCAUUUCACUUUGGCUAAUUUGUUGCAUUCCUUCGACAUAUUGAAUCCUUCGGCUGAACCUAUUGACAUGACUGAGAUAUUUGGAUUUACCAACACUAGAGCUACUCCACUUGAGGUUUUGAUUUUCUCAAGGAAAAGAGGCUCCCACAGUUGCAGUGCAUGGCCAAUACUUGGUCACCUUCCAUUGCUGAGUGGUUCAAAGACACCCCGUAGAACUUUGGGUGCUUUGCUCGACAAAUAUGGACCAAUAUUCACCGUCAAACUUGGUGCAAAAAAGGUUUUGGUAAUCAACAACUGGGAAAUAGCAAAGGAACGCUUCACUAUUAAUGACAAAGUCGUUUGCUCUCCCCCCAAGCUUGCUGCCAUUGAACACAUGACCUACAACCAAGCAAUGUUUGGCUUUGCGCCCUACGGUCCCUAUUGGCGACAACUAAGAAAAAUUAUAAUUUCUGAGAUCCUCUCCCCGCAUCGAGUGAAUCAACUACGGCAUACUUUUGAGUCAGAAGUUCAAGGUUCGAUCAAAGAGCUCUUUAACUUUUGGUGUGGUAGCAAAAGGAAUGAGUCUGGCUAUGUAUUGGUGGAGUUGAAGCAAUGGUUUUCUCAUUUGAUGUUCAACAUUGUUCUUCAAGUGGUCAUAAGGAAGAGAUAUUAUGGAUGA